CCCGUCACUGUCAACCCCCUUCCUCCUCCUCCUACAUCUCUCUUCUCCAUCUCUUCCACGACCCAAGAGAGCUACAGCUCCCUUGAAAGCGCGGCCGCAAAGAUGGACCCCGCUUACGUCGCAAACCUGCACCAGUUGCUCGAGGCUACCACGGCGCCUGACACCAACGUGAUCAAGCAGGCCACUGCCCAGCUCAACACUCAGUUCUUCAAGUCGCCAGACUGUAUCCCUGCCCUCUAUGAAAUUUCGGCGACUAGCCCCAACCAGGCCGUCCGUCAGCUCGCCGCUGUCGAGCUGAGGAAGCGGAUAGGCUUCACCAACGGCAAGCUCUGGAAGAAGACGCCCGAGCCUGUCCGUCAGCAGAUCAAGCAGAACAUUCUUGUCCGCCUCACCCAGGAGCCUACCACCAUUGUCCGCCACUCGCUUGCUCGCGCCGUCUCGUCCAUUGCCGACAUUGAGCUCACUGUCCAGCCUCCCCAGUGGCCCGAGCUCAUGCCCGGUCUGUACCAGGCUACCCAGUCGGGUGACAAGACCCACCGUGAGACCUCGAUCUUCGUCCUCUACUCGCUCCUCGACACCGUUGUCGAGUCGUUCGAGUCGCAGGUCAAGACCCUCUUCGAGCUCUUCGCCAAGACCCUCCACGACCACGAGUCUGGCGAGGUCCGCAUGACCACUGUCCGUGCCCUUGCCAAGGUCGCCGAGUACAUUAGCGUCGAGGACAAGCACGACAUCAAGGCCUUCCAGGAGCUUAUUGUCCCCAUGCUCAACGUUCUCCAGCAGGCCAUUGCCGACGGUGACGACGAGGCUGUCAAGCACGGUUACGACGUCUUCGAGACCCUCCUCAUCAUCGACACCCCCCUUGUCUCCAAGCACGUUGCCGAGCUUGUCCAGUUCUUCCUUGGCGUUGCUGCGAACCGUGACGUUGACGAGGACAUGCGCUGCGGUGCUCUCAACGUCCUCUCGUGGACUGUCCGUUACAAGAAGUCCAAGGUUCAGGCUCUCGGCCUUGCCAAGCCCAUCAUUGAGGGCCUCCUGCCUAUCGGCUGCGAGGAGGACCCCGAGGAUGUUGACGAGGACUCUCCUUCGCGCCUCGCCUUCCGCUGCCUCGACACGCUCUCCCAGUCGCUCCCCCCUCAGCAGGUCUUCCCCGUCCUUUCGCAGCAGCUCCAGGUCUACAUGGCCGGCGAGGCUCCCAUGCGCAAGUCGGCGCUCAUGGCCUUUGGUGUUUCGGUUGAGGGCUGCUCCGAGUACAUUCGCCCCCACGUUGACCAGCUCUGGCCCGUUAUCGAGGGUGGUCUCCGGGACGGCGACGUCACUGUCCGCAAGGCUGCCUGCAUUGCCCUCUCUUGCCUCUGCGAGUGGCUCUCGGAGGAGUGCGCCACGCGCCACGCCACCAUCGUCCCCAUCCUCUUCGACCUCAUUGUCGACCCCUCGACCCAGAAGAAUGCCUGCACGUGCUUAGACUCGUACCUCGAGAUUCUCGGUGACGACAUUGUCAACUACCUCCCUCUCCUCAUGGAGCGUCUCCUCAUCCUCCUUGAGAACGGCCCCGUCCCCGUCAAGAUCACCGUUACCGGUGCCAUUGGCUCGGCUGCCCACGCCUCCAAGGACAAGUUCCGCCCCUACUUCGAGCAGACGAUCAAGCGCCUCGUUCCUUUCAUUACCCUCUCGGGUACCGAGGACGAGAGCGACCUUCGUGGCGUUGCCACCGACACCAUCGGCACCAUUGCCGAGGCUGUCGGUGCCGACCUCUUCCGUCCCUACUUCCAGGACAUGAUGAAGGCUGCCUUUGAGGCCCUCACCAUGGACAACACUCGCCUCCGCGAGUCGUCGUUCAUCUUCUUUGGCGUCAUGGCCCAGGUCUUCGAGUCCGAGUUUGCCGCCUACCUCCCCACCUGUGUUCCCGCCCUUGUUGCUUCGCUUCAGCAGAGCGAGGCCGACGAGUUCAUUGAGGAGGGUGAGGAGGACCGCGCCACCACCGCCCGUGCCGCUGCCGAGGCCUUCGCUACCGGCGCUGGCUCGUCCAAGGACGGUGACGAGGAGGACCUCCUUGAGGAGGAGACCGACCUCGAGGCGCUCGAGCAGAUGUUCGCCAAGGUCAACUCGGCUGUCGCCAUCGAGAAGGAGGUUGCCGUCGACACCAUUGGCGAGCUCUUCAACGCCACUAAGGGUGCCUUCCUCCCCUACCUCGAGGAGACCAUGCAGGUCCUGAUCGAGCAGCUCGACCACUACUACGAGGGUAUCCGCAAGGCUGCCGUCUCUGCUCUGUUCCAGUACAUCAAGACCUUCUACGACCUCUCGAACCCUACCGAGUGGAUCCAGGGUGCCCACGUCAAGGUCCCCUUCCACGCCGACGUCAAGAAGCUCGUUGACCACAUUCUCCCCAACAUCCUCGAGGGCUGGAAGUCCGAGGACGACAAGUCUGUUGUCAUCGUUCUCUGCUCGGAGCUCGCCGACACGAUGAACAAGUGUGGCCCCGCUCUUGUUGAGGGCCGCCUUGACGAGAUUGCCACCUCGGCCAUUGAGAUCCUCGAGAAGAAGUCGCUCUGCCAGCUUGACCCUGAUGGAGACGACGAGGCUGCCGGUGUCGACGCCGACUCGUCCGAGUACGAGUCUGCGCUCGUCUCGAACGCUGCCGACGUUUUCGGUGCCAUGGCUACUGUCCUCGGCCCCGACUUCGCCCAGGCUUUCGGCCAGGUCCUUCCUCUGAUUGCCAACUACACCCAGCCCAAGCGCAUCUCGAGCGAGCGCUCGAUGGCCAUUGGCUCUCUUGGCGAGAUCAUUGUUGGCCUCAAGAGCGGUGUCACCUCGUUCACCCAGCCCCUCCUUGAGAUCAUCUCGCGUGGUCUGCAAGACGAGGCUCCCGAGGUCCGCUCCGACUCUGCCUUUGCGGCUGGUGUCCUGAUCCAGAACUCGGACACGGACCUCUCUGGCCACUACGGUGCCCUCCUCUCGGUGCUCCAGCCCUUCUUCACUCCUCCUGAGCACUCUGCUCCCACCGUCUACAACGCCCGCGACAACGCUGCCGGUGCCGUGGCACGGAUGGUUGUCAAGAACCCCUCGGUUCUUCCCCUGGACCAGGUUGUUGCUGCCCUCGUCUCGGUCAUGCCUCUCCAGUUCGACCCCCUGGAGAACCGUGCCGUGUACGCUGCCAUCUUCUCCCUGUUCCGCUCCAACGCUGCCAUCCUCGAGCCCCACCUCGACCAGCUCCUGCAGGCAUUCGCCUACAACCUGUCGGCCGAGCACGAGGACGACACCACCGACGAGACCAAGGCCGAGCUCCGUGCCCUGGUCGAGCACCUCAAGGCCACUGUGCCCGACAAGGUUGCUGCCGUCGGCCUGUAAAAACACCAGAUGCGUGUCAAGAUAAAAACCCACCAUCAGCGUCAUCUGGCUGGCAGUUGGAGCGCGUUGAACGAACCUAAUGCCCGGGGGCUCUCCCAUUUGUCAAUGUGUCUACACUCGAUACCCUUACAUAGUUUCACUACCUCACAUGUAGAGCAUUUGUCUAG